UCUCCCCUGCUCUCUAUUGAGUCUAUUCUGAAUCCCUUCGAUUCUAUCUAAACCCUAACCCACUCCCCUCAAUUUCAUUUUAAGAGUGAAAAACCAUUUCCUUAUCAACAAGCCCAGAACGUUCUCGUUUGCGCCUCUGGUCUGAAAAAAUGGCGACUGCAAACACUCUCUCUUCGGCCUCCAUCCUCUGCUCUUCACGCCAGGAUCAUGAACGAGCACUUUGACUCAGCUAAUGUAAAGGACAUUGCUUUCGACCAGAGCUCCAGAGCUGCUCUUCAAGCUGGCAUCGACAAGCUUGCUGAUGAUGUUGCUCUCACUCUUGGCCCUAGAGGGAGGAAUGUUUUGUUGGAUGAGUUUGGAAGUCCCGAGGUUGUGAACGAUGGAGUCACCAUUGCUAGAGCUAUUGAGUUACCUGACGCCAUGGAGAAUGCUGGUGCAGCACUUAUCCGUCAGGAAUGGAGAAGAGUUUACGUGAUGCAGCACAUAGAAAUGGCAUCUAGAGCUUCCGAGGUGAUUGCGUUUGUUACGGAGUGGCCUGCUGCGUUAUCCGUAGAUUGAUACUUUUGAUUCUUAAAAUUGGAAAGUUCUUGUCUUUAUAGCUAAAAAUUCAAUCUGUUUUGUACCUAUUUAGGAACUUGUAGAGAUGGUUAUGAUAAUGUAUGGGAAUGUUAUGUGAUAAAAAGAA